ACCCUGAGAUCAGCGCUUGGAUGCAACAUGGCAAACUUCUCGGUGGAGUGGCUUUCCAGAAGUUUUUACGAGGACAGAGAUCUGCAUGUGAAGUGCGCUGCACUUCAUUCACAGCCCCGCACGGAAACAGAGGAAUUUACAAAGGGAUCGAGAAGCCAGUUUUCUCCAACCUCACCAAACAAUAGUUGUGGCUACACCUCGGGCUCUGAGAGCGAGGUGGCGGAUGACAGCGAGGAGGAAACCAGCCAGCAGAGACGGAUGAGGACCAAGUUCACCUCCGAGCAAAUCAGCAAACUGGAGGAGGCUUUCAGCAAGCACAAAUACCUGGGUGCUACACAGAGGAGAAAGUUUGCUGAGAAGCUCAACCUCUCCGAAACUCAGGUGAAAACGUGGUUCCAGAACAGGAGGAUGAAGUUGAAACGGGAAGUUCAGGACGUGCGCCCCGCGUUUCUCUCGGUCCCCGCGGCUCUGCUGCCUCCUCUGCUGUUUCAGCACCACGCUCUGCGCGGACAGCUCCCCGCUGCCACAGCCGGUUUCUAUCCCCAUCUGCACCCUGCGGUCCUGCCCCUACACUACUACUGAACACACACACACACACACAC